UAAAUAAAUUUAAAUUCAACGUAAUAUAAUAUAUUUUUUAUCGGAACUAUCGUGAAAACUACGAUUUUGCAAAUUUGCAUUUUGCUGUGUUCUGUCAUCGCCUUAAAUCGUUUUAUUGUUGUUGUUGUCGGAAAAUAAAAGCUGGUUGCAGAAUAAGGAAGUACAAAAGUUAAAAUUUCGAAAAUACAAAUAAAAUUGACAGGUAACUGCAGCAAUAUAGAAUAUAAUUAUCAGAAUUGGUGGAAAUAAAGAGAGCCGAGCCCAGUGCUAUUUAUUUUACAAGAUAAUUUUUGCUGAAAAUGGAAAUAGAGCCAGAGCAAUCGAUCGAAGCAAUGGAUACACAAGAAAUUGAAAUAAUUACAAGUGACUUACAGCAUCAGCAGAACUUAAAUAAACUGCACACUAACCAACAUCUUCACCUAGAAAAUGGUAAUACGCUGCCGCGGCAAUUACUUGCUGAUAACAGUUCCUCAUAUUCAAACGAGCAGGAAAUGACAUCCGUUGACGAUUCGAAGGAUGAUCAGUUUAGAUCGGAAGCAAUAUUUUCAUAUGUUGUUGAGGAUGUAACUCAUUUAAAGCAACAGCAGCAAUUAUCACCCGCAGUAUUUGUGCGUAUGCUACCGUGGAAAAUAAUGGUGAUGCCUAAUGAGCGUGCGCUAGGAUUUUUCCUGCAAUGUAAUGGAGAAAAUGAGUCACCUGCAUGGUCAUGUAAUGCUAAUGCCGAACUUCGCCUUAAAUGCCACAAGCCAGAUGCACCUCCAUUCACUCGAGCCCGUAUAAAACAUUUGUUCUAUUCAAAAGAGAAUGAUUAUGGUUACUCAAAUUUUAUAACGUGGCAAGAAUUGCAGGAUCCAGAAAAAUGUUAUAUACACAAUGAUUCCAUAACGUUAGAGGUGCAUGUGGUCGCUGAUGCGCCGCAUGGAGUGCUGUGGGACUCUAAAAAGCAUACUGGCUAUGUAGGUCUGAAAAAUCAGGGUGCUACCUGUUAUAUGAAUUCAUUAUUACAAACAUUGUAUUUUACGAACCAAUUGCGGAAAGCAGUAUAUAAAAUACCUACAGAAGCUGAUGACAGCUCCAAAUCGGUAGGUUUAUCGUUGCAAAGGGUGUUUAACGAACUGCAAUUUGGUGACCGUCCAGUGGGAACAAAGAAACUAACUAAAUCCUUUGGAUGGGAAACUCUAGAUUCAUUUAUGCAACAUGAUGUGCAAGAAUUUUUAAGGGUCUUACUUGAUAAACUAGAAUCUAAAAUGAAAGGAACAUGCUUAGAAGGCACAAUUCCCGGUCUUUUCGAAGGUAAAAUGUCAUCAUACAUAAAAUGCAAGAACGUUGACUAUAACAGUACACGAUACGAAACAUUUUACGAUAUACAACUAAAUAUUAAAGAUAAAAAGAAUAUAUUCGACUCGUUUCAAGAUUAUAUAGCUUCCGAAAACCUCGAUGGAGAUAACAAAUAUGAUGCCGGAGUUCAUGGCCUUCAGGAGGCUAGUAAGGGUGUCAUCUUUACUGCAUUCCCCCCAGUGUUACAUUUGCAUUUAAUGCGUUUCCAAUACGACCCCAUAACAGAUAGCUCAAUUAAAUAUAAUGAUCGAUUUGAAUUUUAUGAACAAAUAAAUCUUGAUCAGUUUCUGUUGGAGAAAGAAAAAACACCUGCCGAUUAUGUUUUACAUGCUGUACUGGUACACUCAGGGGAUAAUCAUGGCGGACAUUAUGUAGUAUUUAUAAAUCCAAAAGCGGAUGGUAAAUGGUUUAAAUUUGAUGACGAUGUUGUUUCGAGUUGUAGUAAAACUGAAGCGAUCGAACAGAAUUAUGGCGGAAUGGACGAUGAAAUAUCAUUUCACGCUAAAUGCAGUAACGCUUAUAUGUUAGUCUAUAUACGUUUAUCCGAACUAAGUCGUGUUCUUGCCGAUAUUACGGAACAGGAUAUUCCAUCUGAAUUAACCGAACGGCUUGAUGUAGAGAAACGCAUAGAAAUGGCUAGACGAAAAGAUCGUAGUGAAGCGAAUUUCUAUAUAACAAUUAAUAUUAUAACCGAAGAUAUUUUCGAAUUACAUCAGAAACAAAAGCUCUUUGAUUCAGAGAAGGUACUACACCGCGUUAUUAAAGUGAAACAAACAUCAACAGUGGAUGAAAUGAUGGAUAUUAUAUCCAAAACAUAUUGUACACCAAAAGAACGAAUGCGUAUCUGGACUUUAUGUACGCCGCAAACUCAAAAAAUUUUAUUUUUUGAUUUAGAGCAUGAUAGUAAUCGUGCACUUGAAGCUAUUACAACACCUCAAAAACCAUGGUCUAUAUUUCUUCAAAUUGCGCCGCCAGAUGUACCUUUAACCAUGUCACCAAGUUUUGAUGCAAAGAAGGAUGUAUUUAUGUUUAUUAAAUUUUAUGAUGCACCAAAUAAGCGUUUAAAUUACAUCGGUUGCUCACAACAACCAUUAACUAAACGUCUUUGCGAUAUUGUGUUGGAAGUAAAUGCCACCCUUGGCUUUGAUCUUGACACAGAGCUAAGAGUUUACGACGAAUGUUCUGAAAAAAAAAUAAUCAAUCUGAAAGAGCCACUGGAAAGCAUACUGUAUUUGUUAGCCGAUAGCUUACAGGGUUACAUACUUAUAUUUGAAAAGGAUCACAUUGAUACGAAAUUAGAGUUACCAACAGUACAGGAUUACUUUUUAGACUUAGUGUAUCGUAUAGAAGUCACCUUUUGUGAUAAAUGUAAUCCAAAUGAACCGGAAAUAGUUCUUGAAUUAUCAAAUAGAAACACUUAUGAUCAAAUGGUACAAGCAGUAUCUGAACGACUUAAUACAGAUCCUAACAAAAUUCAAUUCUUCACGUGUGUUAGUAGCUUCAAAGAUUCACCCGGAAAUGCGAUUCCGUACUCAUUUAAAGGAACUGUCAAAGAAUUAAUUAAUUACGGUAAUAAGGGAACAUCAAAAAAGAUUUAUUAUCAAAGACUGUCGCUCAGCAUUCAUGAACUCGACAAUAAAAAGCAAUUUAAAUGUGUUUGGGUUUCGAACGAUUUAAAAGAUGAGAAGGAACUGGUUCUAUAUCCCAACAAAAAUGAAAACGUUAAAGGAUUACUUGAGGAAGCUGCCAAGAAAAUACAAUUUUCAGAAAAUAGUCGAAGGAAAUUGAGACUACUAAAAGUUAGCAAUCAUAAAAUUGUUACAGUUUUUAAGGAAGAUGUUUCGCUUGAGUCGUUACAAAAACCAAAUGAAUCAAUGACCACCCAAAAUACGCAGAAAACUUUCCGUAUUGAAGAAGUACCUGCCGAAGAUUUACAAUUGGCCGAAAACGAAAUGUUAAUACCAGUGUCACAUUUUAGCAAAGAACUAUAUAAUGCAUUCGGAGUGCCAUUUUUAAUAAAAGCUAAAAAUGGAGAAACCUACGGUACUCUCAAGCAACGCAUACAAAAACGUCUCAAUGUUACCGACAAGGAAUGGGAGACAUACAAAUUUACACUCAUUUCUAUGGGUCAUACGGUAGAAAUAAACGAUAACUCACCUGUAGAGUUAAGCGAAUUUAGAUCAUGGACACAUGCUAGCUCUUGUAUUGGGUUGGAUCACAUAAAUAAGUCACGAAAGCGUACAUCGUUGAAUUUUUCCGAAAAGGCAAUUAAAAUUUACAAUUAGAGCAAAUAAAUAUACGCAUUGUGAUUCAAACUGAUUUGCAAGAAAGCUUUAUAGUGCAAAACAAACAACUGCAUAAUAGCUACGAAUAUCUAAAGAACUUGCAAUUCCAAAACCGCAAAAAUUUUAAGUAAACAAUAAACGUUUUAUCAAAAAUUUAACAACUUAUAUAUAUAAAAUAUUAUAACGUGAAAGCUUUCAAUUUAAUGCAGUUUUAUUUUAAACAUUAUGCGAGAUGAUGGUGUAAAAGAAUUAACAAUUUGUGUAUCACAUUAGUUAGCUCCAUUGCAAGUUAAACAAAUUUUAUUUUAAAUAAAAUGCAAAUUGCAUGUUGGAACAAAAUCAAGCGGAUGCAAAAAUAAAUUAUGAAGAAUACAUAUUAAGAUUUAAAAUUUAAAACUUAUACAAAAAUUAAUUAUUACUAGAUCUUUAAACAUAACAUAGAACCAACCAAUAUCAGUAACCCAGAAAUGUUUGAAGGGGUUUGUUCUCUUUCACACUGUGUUCGCCUAUCUCUCUCUCUCUCUUUCUCUCUUUUUGUGUUUCUGUCUAUUUAUAUUUAUAUUUAUAUUUUAGUAACGCAAAACUCAAAGGUAUAUAAAGGUACUUUUUAUUAAUUAAUUAUAAAUUA